AUGGUUUUCAGACGGUCAGCUCGUCUAGAGUACUAUUUGUAUUGUUACGGUAUUCUUUCGUUGUCAUUUUCAUUUUUAUGUCAUAAUUUUUUCUUUCUCUACAUUAGCUGGAUGCAGCCAGAGAGACCUCACUCCCUCUACUCUCUUCCCUCUGAGAAUUCCCAAGGGGAGUCUCUGGGGUCUUGUCAGCCCCACGUCCACAUCAUGUUCCUGAAGACUCACAAGACAGCAAGCAGUACCGUUCUCAAUUUGCUCUAUCGCUUUGGAGAAGAGCGGGGCCUUAAAUUUGCCCUGCCCGUGGGGUAUCAGUUUGGCUACCCACUGCCCUUUAUCGCCCAGAGGGUGAAAGGAUGCAGAGGCCCUCACGUGGCAGAAUUUGACAUCAUGGGAAAUCAUAUGCGGUUCAACAAACCAGAGGUUGAGAAGGUCAUGCCAGCUGACACCUUCUAUUUCUCCAUCCUCCGAGACCCUGUGGCGCUAGCUGAAUCCUCCUAUGCCUACUAUAAAAAUGUUGCCCCUGCCUUCAGGCGUACCAAAGGACUGGGUGAAUUUGCAGACAACCCCUAUAAAUACUACGACCCCAGACUCCGAAACAACCACUAUGCCCACAACCUGAUGUGGUUUGAUUUUGGUCUGGAUCAUACCUCCAACUUCAGCCUUGCGCUGGUCAAGCGCGGUGUGGCAGCAGUGCGUCGGAACUUCAAGCUCAUCCUUAUAUCAGAGUAUUUCGACCAAUCUGUGGUGCUGCUCCGCCACGCUCUGUGCUGGCCGCUAGAUGCUGUGGUUUCUUUUAGCCUGAACGCCAGGCAGCAAAUGACCAGUGGAAGAUCAGGAUGGAUGGCCAAGGCUGCAGCUCCAGCUCCUUUGGCAUUAACAGGCAAGCAACGAUCGAAAUUACGUGAAUGGAAUGCACUAGACUGGCACCUUUACCAAGCUUUUAAUCUCACUUUCUGGCAGGAAGUAGAGCGCUUCGGUCGCAGUCGGAUGGAGUCUGAGGUGGCCUUGCUUAGGACCAAACGGGAGGUUCUCACUCGCAUCUGCUUGCGUGAUGGGGGCCGCCCCAUAGAGGCCAGUCGCAUCCGGGACAAGACCAUCCGCCCUUUCCAGAGUGGAUUAGUGAAGAUCUUGGGUUACGAGUUGCAGUCGGGACUAGACAAUGCCACGUGGGAAGCUUGCCUACGCAUGAUCAGGCCUGAGAUACAGUACAAAGACUUGCUGGAUCUUCGGCAGUUCCCUCGAGCCCAGCAACCCCCAGCCGCUGGAGGACUUCCAGUAAAGAGAGAGUCCUCAAUACUCAGGACUGAAGACCAUGGGGGAAAGAGGUUGGUGGAGAAGGACUGGGAUGGGACCAUUCUGUUUCGGAAUCAAUCAUUAGAGCAGGUUGAUUCAAAAGUAAGACUUAGAUAGUGAGCUAGUUGCACCUUUUUGCCUCAAGGUCAGUAGUUCUGACCCAUUUUGGCUCCACACGCCUCUGUGCUGCACUACUAGAGGAGAAGGGAUAUCCAAGACAUACAACACACCACUUUGUCAUUGACUCUUCCUUCUUCCAUCUUGCCCUUCUACAUUCUAUUUUAUAGAACACAAAAUUUGAAGUGAAGAAGUGGUUUGUGAGUAGAUUACAGUGGCUGGAUUGAUAUAAUGGUACAAACAUGCCAGAUGGUGGCUAAAUGCAUAAACUCACUGUCGGUGAGUUUGAUAUUGGGAAGAAGUGAGAAAAUGCUGCUUCCUUGUCCAUGAUGAGCCAUGGUAUGAUACAAAAAACGUAGCAGUGCACAUGUCAUGUAAGUGGUUGCAGUGUUUCAAACAAUACUACUAAAACCCCACUUUCAAAUAGAUAAAGUAUCUUUGGUACGUUAGUGUUCAAAAGUUUGGGGUCAAUAAGAUUCUUUUUGAAAGAACUUAAUACUUUCAUUCA